AUGUCGUCGCCUGCUCACAAGAAGCGUGCUGAUUCAACUUCGGCGGGCUCUACGCCGCCAGGUGAAAAUCCCGCGGAGAGCGGUCUUCUCCCACCAGAACAUUGGUCACAACUGCCAGAGGAGGAAGUGGCACCAGAGGAUGGGGACUCGGCUGUCCUUGACAGUUAUAGGACUGUCAACGGGAGGGCAUACCAGAGCGAGCGGGGUAAUCCCGAGUACUGGGGACCUAUCGACGAUGCUGGCCAAGAGGCAAUGGACAUUAAGUAG